GAAGGUAAGACCCAAACCCAAUUGCUCCACCUCCCGCUAGUUAAAAAAUUAAAACUAUAGUAAUAAUUAUUUAAUUAUUACUGUGUUAUAACGAUAUUUUACUCUCUACGUUGUAAUAUAUAAGGUGAAGGGUCAAAUAAUAAAUAAAUGAGAGGGAGAUUGUUGUGGCCAUUUGAAAUUAGUGUUGGAUUAAUAAAUUGAAGAUUGAGACGAUUUUGGUUGGGGCUUGGGGGCAGGCUGUUUUGAAAUGUGAAGCCGUUGCCUAUUUUGCCUUCUCUGGGCUGGGCGGAUCUCGCUCCCGAAGUUCCGCUGUGAUCGAGCUUUGGCUUGACCCUCUCCUUUCUUCAUCAUCAAUCGUCCAAACGAACCAAUCAACAAUCAUUUCCCACUUUCUGCCCUUUCCCCCCGAAAAGUUGUCUCAUCUUGGAGGCAGCCUGCAGACCCCUCUUUUCUGAUCGCUCUUCCACGUAUUUGCCUGUCAAUCAAUCAAUCAAUCGGCUCUACUCGUGAUUUUCAUCUGGGUACGUCUGAAUCUCACAUUUUCAUCUGGGUUGGUCUAUCUGUAGCAUAUGUGUUGUAUGUAUUCGUGUUGUGCGAAUUCGAUCGGUAUUUGGGUUGGUUUUAUCCAGUAAUUGGGUUUCGAUAUCGAUCUGUUUGUCGGUAGAUUUUGUAAUAUCUGGGCUUUCUUGGGGAUUUCCAUUGUGUAUGUAGAAAGGUUUUGUAUUCUAAUUUCUUCUCGAACCUUGUGAGUUUGCCAUGAUUGCUCAUUGGUGCGAGGUUCCAAAGCAAAGAAAUUCUUGUAGUCCAGUUUUCUAGCCUUACAUGGUGAAUUUUAUUUUUUUUAUGCGAAUUGGGUGAGUCUUUCAUAUUGAAAGCUUGGUUCCAAUCUGAGUAAUCUGAAUCUGAUUGGGAAACCCAAAGUUGUGGAGUUGGGAAUCUUGGUUUGCUUUUCCAUGGAGAACCUUCCUGUUGAAGUAAUUGGGAACAUAUUGUCCCGGCUUGGAGCAGCCCGCGAUGUGGUGAUUGCUUCUGCAACGUGUAGGAAAUGGCGAGAAGCUUGCCGUAGACACCUUCAGACACUUUCAUUUAGUUCGGAUGAUUGGCCUGUUUAUCGCGAUCUCACAACUAGUCGGCUUGAAAUACUGAUUACUCAAACUAUAUUUCAGACAACAGGAUUGCAGGGUUUAUAUAUUUUUAUGGAUGAUGUUGACGAGUUCUCUGCUGCCACAGUUAUUGCUUGGCUCAUGUAUACAAGGGAAACUUUACGCCAGUUGAUUUACAAUGUCCGGACUACCCCAAAUGUGAACAUUCUCGACAUAUGUGGGCGGCAGAAACUGGAAAUAUUGGUCUUGGCUCAUAAUUCAAUCACAGGGGUUGAACCUAAUUACCAGAGAUUCCCUUGCCUGAAAUCCCUCUCUUUGAGUUAUGUCAGUAUCUCAGCAUUGGAUCUGAAUAUGUUGCUCAGUGCUUGUCCAAAAAUUGAGAACUUGGCUCUUGCCAACCCUGAAAUAGCAAUGUCUGAUGCUCAGGUUACAGUAGAACUGAAUAGUCUGACAUUGAAGAACAUCUAUGUUGAAGCAAUAAGUUUGGACAAGUUUAUAUUGGAGGCUGAUAGCCUUGAGACUUUGCAUUUGAAAGACUGUGCCCUUGAACUUUUUGAACUUGUUGGAAAGGGGACCUUGAAGCAUUUCAAGAUUGAUGAUGUUAGUGUUAUACACCUUGAUAUUGGUGAGGCUGUUGAAAAUCUAGAGAUUGUAGAUAUUAGCAAUUUUACUAUUAUCUGGUCAAAGUUCUAUCAGAUGAUCUCCAAAUCAUCCAAAUUGAGAAGGCUUCGGCUUUGGGAUGUGGUCUUUGAUGACGAGGAUGAGAUUGUUGAUUUGGAGACAAUUGCUCUUUGUUUCCCACAACUAAGCCAUCUUGCAUUGAGUUAUGACUUAAGAGAUGGACUGCUUCACUAUGGUCUGCAAGGUUCAUCCCAUUUGGAGAACGUGGUUCUAUUGGAGCUUGGAUGGACAGUAUUUAACAAUCUUUUCACACAUUGGGUUUCAGAUCUGCUUGAACGAUGUCCAAAUCUUAAGAAAUUGGUUAUUCAUGGUCUUGUUUCUGAGGCCAAAACUCAUGAAGAAUGCCAAAUGUUGGCCAACUUUACUUCAUCCAUUGUGCAGCUUAUGAGGAAAUAUAUGCAUGUAGAUGUGCAUUUUGAAUAUGAAUAGAUAUCCUGGUAAAUGCCUCAGUGGAAUUAUGAGAUGAAAUUUUGCUUUCCUGUUAAUUGUAAAAGCACUUUGUUAGGUAAAGUUCUCUUCAGGUGACAGUGAGCUUUGUCUUUUGUUCAUACGGCAUCUGAAAUUACUGUUUCCUGUGUUAGUCAUGAUACAAAAGGAAAAUUUUUCAGUUCAAGUACUUUCGUGAUUUAUAGCCUGUGGCUUAUAUGUCAUUUAUGGAUUAAAUUGCCUUUCUGUGAACUCUGUCCCCGUCUCUCACUCAUCCACCCUUCCACAUGAAAAUCUACUAAUUUUCCCUCUUCUUUGUGUUGCAUCCUAUUUCUUAGGCUUAUUUAGGCUUUUUUCUACACUUCUUUGUUGCUCUGAUUUCCAGUAGUAAGAUCAUUUUUUUGUCAAGCAUUAUUGUUUUUAUUGUUAGUACAUGUAUUGAGAUUUUACUUUGCCAAUUGCCAAAAAUAAUAAGUUGGGCCCAGUGAAUAACCAAGCCGAAGUAACAACAUUUAGUCAUGAUAGAUGAUUUGUUGCAUGUUACUGUAUGCUUAUGAAGUUUUAGUAGUUGCUGAGAUUGUCUUGAAAAAGGAAAAUGAAAAAUGAGGGAAACUUUGUAAUGUAGAGCUUGUAGGAAUCGAGAAAACAUAUAAUAUUAAAAAAAUCAUAACCACAUAAAAAAUGAUGGGUAAAUUGCACCUAGACCCCCUGUGGUUUGGGUCAUUUGCAUAGAGAUCCCCUGUGCUUUCAAAGUGAUUUUAGAGGUCCCUAUGGUUUAGUUUUUUUGGCAUAGACACCCCUUGUGUUAUUUACUCCAAUAAUUAAACCCUAAUUAAAUUAAAUUAAAACCUAAGGAAAUCAAAAUAAAUGAAAAAUAAAAAAAUAUUACCUGCUGGCCGCCGGUAGCCAUUGGCGGCUGGCAUCGCGAAUGGGUUCCAGAGGGGAGUUCCCACCCUUCGCCAGUCGGCGAUGGUGCUCCCCUCUGGAACUCAUUUGUGAAGGGUUCUGGAGGGAACCUGUCGCUGGUCGGUGAUGGGUUCCCUUUGUAACCCAUCACCCGAACACUCACACAGAGGGAGGGAGGGAUCUCAUCAGAUAGAAGUAAAGAAUCCCAUUAGAUAAAUCUAAUGGUUAUCCUGUUGAUCCCAAUUAUCUUCAAUGCAAUACUUUGUGUGGCUUUCUACGUUAACAUUACCUUAUUUGGUUGCUGCUAAUAGAUUAAUUGACUUUUGGGGAUAUAUGAAAUUGCUGCUAUACACACCCUUUAUUUAUAUAGAGCCUCUAAUUAUGGGUUUGUGGAAAAGAGAGAUGGGAGAUAAAGUAACAAGACUAAGAAGGGUGAGAGGCAGAAUAUUAGGGCUUCAAUGUUCAUACUGGAUCAUAUCCCUCAUCCUCAUGGGGUUAAAACACUCAAAUGCAUAGAGGAUAAUAAUCUAUUCCUCCUAAAAUCUGGUUCCUGGAAAGGAUAAGAAUUGCCCCAACCAAUUUUAAAUUAUCUAGAGAUAGGUCUUUUCUUUUAGAAUCCAUUCCUAACAGGAUUAAAACAAAAAUCGCUCUCCCAAGUCCAGUUAGCACAAAACUUACUGUUCAGUUAACAUGCCAAAGUGAGCCUUUUUCUCAAGCCACCAGGUCAUGUAGCCCCAAAGUUUUUGCUUUAUCCCUAAUCAUUCAAUGUCUGUUUUCUCCCAGUUUUCAGACCUCCCCUAAAUUGUGUUAAUCAAUUAAUGGUCCAUUUAUGUUCCUGACAGUUAUAGGCCCACCUUUGUUGCAUGGCUUAGAAUGUUGAACUGUUAAGUGUUAAGAUGUGCAAAGUAUGAGUGCAGUUGAUAUGAGAAUGUUAUGGCAGAUAUAUAGCCAUAAUAGAAAAAACAAAAUAAGAAAUGAGAUCAUUAUAUAAUAAGCUGAGUGGUGUGUACUAAGGUAAGCUGUGGGAAUCAUGAUUAAAAUGGUUGAGACAAGUGAGAAGAAAGCCAAUACAUAAUAAGCUUAGAGUGGAUGAAAUGGAGGAAGUGUGUAAGAAAAGAAACGAGAUCAAUACAUAAUAAGCUUAGAGUGGUGUGUAUUGAAGAUAAAAUGUGGAGUCAUGAUUAAGAUGGUAUAGACAAGUGAGAAGAAAGCCAAUAGAUGCAUGUGUGAGGUGGCUGGAGGAAGUGUGUUAACAGAAGAGGAAGACCAAAGAAGACUUGGUGGGAGACCCUUAACCAUAACACAAGGUAUAAUGGCCUUAUACAUGAUAUGGCCAUGAAUAGAGAUAGUUGGAGGUCUAGAAUUCAGCCAGUACGAUUAAGGCUUGUGAUUUUUGGUGUUAUAUUUGUUGUGAUUGUUGUUUAUGUUCCUGAACAGAAUGCUAACACAUUUGGUCCGAGCAUUUCACAUGCCAUUCAUGUGAUGAUAUAAACUCUAGCUUACAGCCUUCCAGAUGUGUGCAGUAUGUAACAAUCUUCCAGAUGGUAUGAAGCUGGUUGACUAUUUGAGCAAGGUCCUUAAAAAAUGAGCACUGAUUAAUAGUUAGGUAUCCUUUUCUGAUAUGAAAUUUUAGUUAUUUCAUUAUGUUAUGAUUUACUGCAGCGAAGACAAGAAGAGUUAAAAAGUGGCUCUUAUGUUUUAGUUUUUUCAUCCCAAAAGACACUUGAUCCAUAGUCUGCUUAGCCUUCACCUUUAUUCUUCUACAAGAAGAGCUAGCAGCAGGAUGUACACGUGUGGACCUAGUGAUAACAAUGAAGAAAAGAACAGACUUUGAUGUCUAUCAAAUGGAGAAACACCAGAGCAAGACCAUUCUUAAGAAAAUCAUUGUGUUGAUUUUCCUUUUUAUUAUUCUACUUCUAUUUAUCAUGGGAUUUUACUUUAUGAUGGUAUUUAUCCUCAUGAUUGAGACUCUAGAUGCAACAGUUAAUGAAUGUAUUAUUAUCCAUUGGUAACUGGAAGAGGCUUUCAAUGAUUGGAAAUAAUGGUUGCCAAAUUCCUUCUUGAACAUGGAUAUGUGCCAAUUUUGUAUUUUGAUCUUUCUGUUAAAGAAUGUCUACCGGUUAGAAAAAGUGGAAAGUAUUGAAGAAUUCUGGCACAAGUGACAACAACUGAACAACACACCCUAAUUCUACUAUGUGGGGUGCUAUGAGGAUUACUCAAUCCACCGUUAGAUAUUGGAGCAAGGAGCAGUGAGAACCAACAAAAGAGUCACUGAUCUUACUGACUUUUAUAUAAUAGUUAUUGUGUGUAUAUAUAGACACAUAUGUGCAGAAGUGCAUAUAGAUGUCACAUAAGCUUUAUUGUUGUUGUUCUUUCUUUAAAAGAACUCACAGUUCGUACUGACAUUCAUCCCAUAUGUAUUAUCUGCAGAUGUAGUUGGCGAAGUUAAAGUAAUUAGUACUAAGAUUUUGGAAGCUAAAAUGACUUUUGAAUCAAAAAACACAAGUAAAAAGUUAUUCUCUCUCUCACAUACACACAGGCACAACAUGCAUCCAAGCAAGACUUUUGAUCAUGAAAUGUUUUAGAUAUUGAAAUUCAUUUUGGUCUGAUGUAUCUUUAUUGGAAUUGGAUUUGUAACGGGCGAUCUUCUAAACCUGUUUGGGUUUAGCUGCUUUAUCUGCUCUGCAGUUCUGUCCAACAUAUGGGACAAUGGCCACUGGAUCCUGCCUGGAUGGUAUUUUUGGCGUCUCACAAAACUUUUAUAGGAUAGGAUCUAGUAUUAUUGGGCCUAGUCUAAAAAGGAUAAAAUUAUACGUUGCAAAGACAUGCCUCAAAUCUUUGCUUUAUUCUAGUGAAGAAGAAAGAAGGGGAAAAUAUCAGCACUACCCGAUGCAAUUUCCUGAUUUUUUGCACUUUGAAUGCCCACCUGUGAUAAGAAUUUUAUUCAGAAUUGCCUUAAUUGCAUUGUUUUAACCAUGUAGAGAGUUGUUUCAUUGGUGACAAGUGAUUAUCAGGAAGGCAACCUUUUCUUUAUAUAUAUGUUUGAACAGGCUAUUGAGUCAUUUGUAGAUUGCUAUGUAUGCAGUCAUAUUCUCUCUGUGUUCUUCCUGUUAUUAUCUUAUUGGUAGAAAAUUUGUAAUUACGCAAAUUGAUAAACAUCUGAUAUUUUUCUUUGAGCAAUUUUACAAGAUACAAGAAUGGUUUAUGGAAGAUGGCCAUUACUGGAAUAGGAAAACAGUGCAGAAAGAUGACAAACUGAUGUAGCAGCAACCAUUAUCCUCUGUGUUGCAUCAUAUUCGUUCGUUGAAAUCCUCUGUUUGAAGGCCCGAGCAAAAGAAACAUUUGAAAGCUAUCUUACAUACAUCAUCUGAUGCACUGCUUAACUUGUUUUUGAUUUCUCUCGAGUUGUAGCAAUGGUUCUCUCUUAUCUGUUACUAGGAAGGAAAUUGUUUGAAACCUCAGUUAAGCAACUCUAUGUGUGAAACCCAGCUGCUUGUUAUUAAUCUGGCAUGGUGUUGGCUUGGAGUUUUGGGAAUUGAGUUUCUACAAGCAAUGAAACUAUGAAGGAUUGUGGGGAAAGCAAGAUCCUCGGAAGUCCUUAAGAUGUGCAUCAGUUUUCCAUACGAAGAAAGAGGUCAAGCAUAAAUGACAUGGGUAUUAUAGGAUCUCUUCAAAUUCAAAAUUAUAUCGAGAUAAAAUCUUUAAAAUUUGAGUCAUAUAUCGAGUAAUGAUAGGGAUAUGAAGCGUAAUCUCACCUAGCUAGUUGUUUAUAAAUAGACCCCCUUAGAAUAAGGUUGUGAUAAUUAAGAGUUAGUAACUAAGAUUAUCUGUAAGUCUUGUGAGUUGUGGGAGUUUACAAUUUUAUUUGUUAAAAAGCUAUAUUAUUAGUGAUUGAGUGGAUUAUCUAUCCCUUUUUUUAAUUCAAAGGCCCAAAUUAAUUAAGAGAUUGAAUUGCGUUAAAUUUGUGUU